GGAGGACAGCCCCGCGGUUGGGUCCUUGUUGGCGUGGCGCGCAGGGGGCGGUUUCCGGUUCCGGGUCGCAGCUCGGGGCCGGACCGGGGGGGCCUUGCUGCAGCAGCCGCCAUCGCGAUGCCGAAAGGAGGUAGAAAAGGAGGCCACAAAGGCCGAGCAAGGCAGUACACGAGUCCUGAAGAGAUUGAUGCCCAGCUCCAAGCAGAAAAGCAAAAGGCAAGGGAAGAAGAGGAGCAAGAAGAAGGAGGUGAAGGGGCAACAGGGGACCCCAAAAAAGAGAAGAAGUCUUUAGAUUCAGAUGAGAGUGAUGAAGAUGACGAGGAUUAUCAGCAAAAGCGCAAAGGAGUGGAAGGGUUGAUAGACAUAGAGAAUCCCAAUCGCAUAAUUCAGACAACCAAAAAAGUAACUCAGCUGGACCUGGAUGGACCUAAGGAACUGUCGCGACGAGAGCGGGAGGAAAUAGAGAAGCAAAAGGCAAAAGAAAGAUACAUGAAAAUGCACCUAGCUGGUAAAACGGAACAAGCGAAGGCAGAUCUUGCCCGACUAGCCAUCAUUCGGAAGCAAAGGGAAGAAGCUGCCAGGAAGAAAGAAGAAGAGAGAAAAGCAAAAGACGAAGCGGCUAUGGCAGGUAAAAGACUGCAGCCACUAUCCCUUAACAAGUAAGCCCAGGACAUGCAAGAGGAGGAAACGCCAGGGAACUGUGCCUGGUGCCUGCCGGGAACUCUGCCAUGUUGCGUUCCAUAGCUGCCACGUAGGGUGUGCUGCGGCAUCGAAGUCACCUUCACCUCCAAGAGACACUGCCGAUGUGUUUGUCCUCAUCCUGGCGCAGAUUUCCAUUUGGGGUUAGGGGCAGCUGCUAUCUUCGGUGCAGAACUGUGCUGAACAGCGAUUCUCUGUAACAGUUUGGAAACCUGAAUGUUUUUGCUGGUUUUAGGAUUAAGAACUCAUAGACGGG